AUGACUUCAGAAAACACCAACUUGCCGCCUUCGGCAGCCACGGAUGCAGUUUUGGUUCCUUCCGACGAACUUCCCAAAGACGCACAGAAGGUUGAAGAAAUUGACUUCAAUGCCUUCAAGGGGCGGCCCAUCACCGUGGACGACAUGCUCCAGAACAUGAAAUAUAUGGGCUUCCAAGCGAGUGCCAUGGGUGACGCCGUACGUAUUAUCAAUAAUAUGCGUGCAUGGCGGGGUCCGGAGGGAGAGAAGACGACCAUAUUUUUGGGGUAUACCUCAAACAUGAUAUCCUCCGGCUUGCGCGGCGUUUUCCGAUACUUGGUCGAACACAAACAUGUUGACUGUAUCGUCACGACGGCAGGUGGUAUAGAAGAAGAUUUUAUCAAAUGUCUGGGUGACACGUACAUGUCUUCGUUUAGUGCUCCUGGCGCAGAACUCAGGUCAAAGGGUCUCAACCGCAUAGGAAAUUUAAUGGUUCCAAAUGCGAACUACUGUGCUUUCGAGGAUUGGGUAAUGCCCAUAUUGGACAAGAUGUUAGAAGAGCAGGAAUCUUCAAAGGGAACCGAAGACGAGGUCAACUGGACGCCUUCCAAGGUGAUACAUCGUCUCGGCAAAGAAAUCAACGACGAGCGUUCGGUCUACUACUGGGCCUACAAGAAUGAUAUACCAGUUUUCUGCCCAGCUUUGACGGAUGGUAGUCUUGGCGACAUGCUCUACUUCCAUACGUACAAGGCGUCACCCCUACAAUUCAAGAUCGACAUCGUUGAGGACAUCCGAAAAAUCAACUCGAUUGCAGUCCGAGCAAAGCGUUCAGGAAUGAUCAUUCUUGGCGGCGGGGUUAUCAAGCAUCAUAUCGCCAAUGCCAAUUUGAUGCGAAACGGUGCCGAGUACGCAGUCUAUAUCAACACUGCUCAGGAAUUCGACGGGAGCGACGCUGGUGCCCGACCGGAUGAAGCUAUAUCUUGGGGUAAAAUCAAACCAAAUGCAGAGCACGUCAAGGUAUACUUGGAAGCAUCCGCAUGUUUUCCAUUCAUAGUAGCAAGCACCUUUGCCAAAGAUGAUGCAUGA